AUGGCCAUGUUAAAUGUGACGUCGAAAAAGGUUGGUUGGGGCGAGAGGAGAGGGCAUGCCCUGAGGACUUCUUGAUUCGGUCCAUCGAAUUAAGGCCAUCCCAUGUGUUUUUUCGACUUUGCCCGCAGGCAAUUCUUGGCUCGGAAAGUGUAAAAAUUAAUGAGAAUUAGCGAGAAAGGGUUACGGCUUUGUGUAGACCUUAAUAUAGGUAUUAAAAUAGGUAAUGACGAGACUAUGUUUGGGUAGAUGACUAUAUUUAGGUAUAGGGGUGACGUUUUGUCAGCUCAGCCACGGCUUCUUUAUUUUCCGUUUUAUUUCCUCAGGCAAUUUGAAUACAUUAAGGGUUAGCCGGCCUGUUUUUAUUGUCGUAUUCAAAUGUUAGGGGAGGGAAUAUGACAUUUCUGUAUAACAUUUUGCAAAAAAAUGUAUUUUAGUUUAUGAAUACUGUAAUUUACUGUAUAUAUUUAUAAAAUUUUGAUGAUUCAGAUCUAAAAACAGCUUUAAAAACCUAAAAACGAGAAAAACAGUGACAAAACCAUGUAUAAUAUUUGCAAAUUUUAAUAUUGUGGGUAUAUCUUUGAUGUUCUUUGAGCUCAAACAUGUUAUUUUAAUUGCCCUGUGGGGAUUUCAGAGUAAUACACUUGAAAGCUGUUUUAUUUUUAUUGGCAAUGACUUUGAAAGUCUUAAAAAAGGGUAAAUUUUAUGGUUUAAUAAGGAACUGUCAUAAGCUAAGAGUGCAUAUCAAUAUCGCUAUACACCUUUCUAUGUUGUGAGUGUAAAUCUACCGCGUAGUAUUUUAUAUUAUUAUCACAAUAGCUUGAAUAGUUUUACUUUAUAAGUUGAACUAUGGAAUCAGUCUAUGUAAGUUUUUUAACGUAUCAAAAGUAAAAUUCUAUGUGUUAUGUACGGAUUACUAUGUUAUCCACGGAAGAUAUAAGACAAAAGAGUAGUAUAAGAUGUAUAUUAUCUAUGGCUUUUAAUCCUACUUUAUUAUACAUUUUCUUUAUACAUAUCAGCGUUCCUAUAACACUGUAUUAGCUAUCUUAUAACAAAAUUAUUUCAAUUUUUUAAAGUGUUACUCAGUAGAAAUAAAAAAUACUGCAAGUUUUUCGAAACUUUUUGUUUAAAUUGAGCAUAAUUUGACCAAACAUUAAGUAUUUAAAUUACACGGCUUCAGACUUUUUUGAAAGAAUAUCUCUGUGAUUGACGUUCUUUUACAAUUUUAAGAAGCCUUAAUUACCGUACAAAUUGUUGUUCGAAGCUGUGAGUAGUAGGAAAUGUUGUUUGAGGUAGUGUUUGUGCAGAUUUGCAUUAUGUAGCCAUAUCAGGCAAUUUUGAUAUUAACUUUUUUCGCAAAAAAAUUGAGCAACUCGAUUCCAAUUUGGACGCUAAAGUUUUUUGAGGACAUUUUGUGGUGCUCUAAGUGUUGCUUUUAUAUACCUAAAUAAGUUAAUACGAAAAUAAUCUGUUCAGUAUCUAGAAUUGUUAACAAUAGUAUGAUUAAGUUGAGACAUAACAUUUGUUUUUUAGUAUGUUUACUUUAAUCUAACGUUAACAUUAACGAUGACUCAAUGUUUUCCGUGUUACAUUACUUGUUAUUUUAUUUGGAUAUAGUGCUAUAUUUUUUACUUUUCUUAAGUGUUUGAGUAUAACUUUACACUGUAACUCAAUUACUAGUUUUUAUAAACUAAAUUACCUCAACUCCCAUAAAGCAAUAUAUUGUCUAAAAACCAAUAUAAUUUCUCAGUGUUACCCAAAAUUUAAUAUUAUUUUUUAAAGAGCAUUAAAACUCCGUUUUUUUUAUAAAAAAGUAGUAAAAAGUAAAAGUAAUUUGUUGUGUUACCAUGUCGUGACAUACUUUACACUUACUAAGCUAAGACAAAGUUUGUGGAUUUGAAAAGCUUUUAGUCCGAACAGGAUUGCAGUAUGUUUUAGAACAGGAUUACAAUACGUACAAUACAAUAUUGUGGGAUUGUGACGUUUUUAAAUGACAGUUUUAUUGUAAUGGGAAACAAUACACUGUAGAAGAUUACUUCCGUAGAACUGAAUAUUGUUUUAGUUCCGUAAACUUUUGUUGAUUAUAACAUUGGCUUUAAACAGUAUGUAAGAAUGUUAAAGUAUUUUCAUAUUUUUAGGUAAUAAUGUAACGUCUUCAGUCUUUUCAGAUAGAUUUGGGUCGUAGAGCCAGUUCCAUAUCAGCAUAUCAAGGCCGCAGAGUCAGCUCGGAUGAUGUUAAAAUGAGCGGUAAGUGAUUAUUUGAAUGUUCAAAAAAUAAUGAGCCACUGUACUGAAUAACUACAAAAAGUUUUGGAAUUUUAAUAUGUAUUUAAUUUUUUUGAUAUUUUAAAAAUCUGAUUUGUAUGAGCAUAGCAGACCAUUGGCUCAUUACUUUUGGAACAACCUAAUAGAGCAAUAAUCUUUUAAUCAAUUAUCGAAGGUUAUACAGACUUUAAUCAAAAUUCCAUUAAAAAUUUUAUUGUAAAACAAAAAAUAGCUUUAAACCAGACCAACUUAAUGUCAGUUCAGUCUAUUAAAUCUUUGCCAAACAUACUAUAAUAUUUAUAUUAUAGUAUAAUGCAAAGAUGAAGCUUCUUGUUCGUAUAUGUGAUACUCGUAUUGGAUUCUCUUCAGCCUCUUUUUUAUAAAUUUGAGUUCAAAAAACCAUUUUAAAUUCUUCUUUUUAUAUUUUUUCACAAUUGCAAGGUUAAAACUGUCAUAUUUCUUAAAUUAUUGGGCUUCUUGCAUUAGAAAUUGUUGUAGAACACCUAAAAAUGAAGGUAAGUCUUCUUUUCUUAUUUGUAAGUCUGCUUUGGACUGUAGAACCUAUGGAGACAGACAUCUAUAAUACUUUUUUUUCAAAAUUUUUUUUUAAAAGUUUAUAAUUUUAUACAGCUAUAUGUAAUAACAUCUGAAAUGUUAUGUUUGCCAAGUUUUUUCACAUAAGGAACUUUUUUCAAUUUCAUAACUUUAAGUGCUCUAAUCACCUUUUAAGUUUAUUUUGGUGUGUUAAUACCUACAUCUCUUCAAAUCCCUUGCAGUCAGACAUGUUCUCAUGAGACUUAAUUACUUUUCACAGCCCUAACACUAACAACGGCAAUUGUUUUCUGUCCAAAAGUUAAUGCCGGUUUUGCUCGCACUAUCAAGUAUUACCUAAAGUAAGGUAAAUCUUGUUGUGUAGGGUUUGAGCCGUCUACUGUGCUCUUCUGCUGUUCGUAUUACAAGUAUUUGGUUACAGAUAUAAAAAUUGUGUAAAGACUAUGUAUUUGUGUUACUACUGACAUUUAUUAUACUUUACAUUCAUAUUGGUCUUUCUAAAUUGACAUUCGUAAAAGUUGUUGUAAGCUUUCUGGAUUAAUCGCUGAGACUUGGAAGUCUUUGAGCUAUAAGUAUAUAGAGCUAUAAUUUGUACUGAACAUUUUAAUGGGCUACAGCUAAAUUAUAGUGUAUAUUAGCGUAUUGUACUAUGGGAAAGUGUUUCAAGUCUCUAAAGAGGCUAUUUUCAUCGGAAAAACUGAGUAAAUUUUGCUGUUUUAGGCCUGUAUUACAGUUUUAAUUCUAUUUGUUGUCAAAAAAUCAAAGUCAAAACUAAUUUCUAGCUCAAAAAACCUAUAUAUAUAUAUGUUUAUACUAAAGUAAUAUUACCAUUCUCUUCAGAAGACAUCAGUCCGCACAGUAGAGAAGAUGCAGAACAUUUCAAACUGAACGUUGGCGGUAAAUCCUUUUGUUUUCGAUCAGAUGUUAUACUAACAUGUCGGGAAGAGUCUCUACUAUCUACUCUUAUCAGAGCAACACAUACACAACGUCUUAUGGUAAUGGACAGUUACGAUGACAAAAGUGGAGAGUAUUACCUGGAAAGGAAUGUUAAGGCGGCCGAAAGUGUCAUCGACUAUUUUGUUACUGGUAAGACAUGGUUUUUGGGUUAGAUUAAGCUAAGGUUUUAUGUAUUAGGUAGUUCAAAUAGUUCUGUGCUUCCUCUUAAAGCAAGUUUUUAGAGGUAGGGAGCGCAGAAUUAUUUGAACAACCUAAUAAUUGUGGUUGAAAGGACUAACGUUGUAUCGAAUGUCAUCAAAAAUGGCAUUUUUGCAAUUCUUUUUAAAAAAUUGCUUUUGUGGACAAGAUUUACCAUGCUAGUCAUAUAUAAAGGCCUGUAUAAAAUAUUUGAAGGUAAACUACACAAACCUCACGAUGUGUGUCCGGAUCGAUUCUCGGAAGAAUUGCAGUUCUGGAGACUCUACACUGUUCAGUUUGCACCGUGCUGUGGCUACAUGAUGGGGCCGGUCAUCAGAAAAGAUCGAAAAGAAGAUGAACAUGAGUUUGAUGGGGUAUGUUUAUAUUUUUAGCUUUUUUAAAGAUAUCAUGUUAAAAAUUGUGUUACAGUUCAUAUAGUUAGUCUAGCAGAAUUGUUUGGCCAGGCAUUUUUUUAAAUUUAUAGAUGUUUUAAGCACAGUAACUUUGCAAAAUGGCUUUUAAUUGAAGGUUAAUAUAUAUUUGUACUUUGGGCAAUAUUUUUGUCUUUUUUGAUAUAGUUUUGUAUUUUAAAGCUUUUUAUUUUAAAAUUGUAUCGCGUGUUGCACGUACAACACGCUAUUUGUAAACUUUACUAUGAUGUAUAUACCAUAGCAUCAAGUGCAAGUCGUUUAAAAAUUUUUUUGAAUAAGGUGAACUUCUUAUGACAGAUCUGUGCAAAUUUUGAAUGAUAUGACAAUGUGGUGACAGAUAAUGUAAACACGAAAGAAAUUUCAAUAUGAGAACAAACUUUUAUAAAAGAAAGAUAUUAUGAGCAAUAUCGUAUUUUAGGCACUCUGUUCACCAUUCCGAUUGAUGGUUUGGAGGAUAAUGGAAGACCCCUCCUACAGCUAUAUCUCCAAGUUCUUUGCUUUUAUAUCUAUUUCUUUUAUCUUUACUUCUAUUUUGGGUAAGUUAUUAAAAUUGAAGCGAAAUUUAUUGUAAAAUACGCCAUCUAGUAGUGAUUUUACAUUAUUAAAUGCGUAAUUACCGUUAUAUCAAUAAACCGAGCUUUAUACACUUCUUCCUUUCAUAAAACACUAUAUUGUAGGUCUAAUCCUUGGCUCAAUGCCAGAGUUUCAAACAAACACAACCUAUGCUGAUGGCUAUCAUGUCUACCACAUCAAACAACGUCAUCGUUACUUGUAUGGCAAAUUUGACGAUGCUGAUGGAGCCAUCAACCUGGCAGCCUACAACCUGACUGGCUACGAAUAUAGACCUACGGACUCUCCGAUGCCACUUCUGAUAACACUAGAGUACUGUUGUAUCAUGUGGUUUACUGUCGAGUUUCUGGUUCGAUUUCUGGUCGCGCCACGGAAGAAGAAGUUUGUCAGUAGAGCUAUGAAUCUGGUGGAUUUGUUCACGAUUCUACCGGUAUAUGUUGAGGUGAUAUUGUCAUUGAUUGGGAUACAGGCGGAGCAGUUGAAGGAGAUCACUGGUAAAUAGUUUUAUUUAAAAGUUAGGUUUAAGGUUCUCUUAAUUUUAAAAAGGUUUCUCAAAUUUGAUUGAGCAACCUGCAAACAUUUAGGGCAGAAUGCCAAAUGUUCUUUUUCGUGGCGGGACCAAUCAAUAAUUUCAGUGAACUCAUACUUUUCAGUACUAUUUGGGUACCACUAUUUAAACAUUAUUUUUAAUCAAUUUUUAACCCCGUAUUUUAGGAGCAAUGCUGGUAAUGCGAGUAUUACGAGUGCUUCGAAUGGCUCGUGUAUUCAAAUUGGCACGGUACUCUACUGGGCUUCAGAUCUUUGGCAAUACCCUUAGGGCGUCGAUGACCGAACUUUCUAUGCUACUUAUCUUCCUCAUUACUGGUACCGUCUUCUUCAGCACUAUCAUGUACUUUUUGGAGAAAGACGAACCUUACAGUGACUUCAACAGUAUACCUGCUGCUUGUUGGUGGUGCAUGUAAGGUUCUUUUACAUCUUUAUAAGUUAUGAAGUUUUUUAAUUUUUUACAUUAUUUUAUUGUAAAAUACAAAUUGUUUAGAUCAACUUAUGCUGGUAGUACUUCUAUUUUUAAAUUAAAAUUUUCAGAAUUACAAUAACAACAGUAGGAUUUGGAGAUUGUCAUGUCCAAACAACACGUAAGUCAUAACUUAAAGUGUUUUAAAUGUUUUAGUUGGAAAGAUUGUUGCCACAGCUACAAGUAUCACUGGAAUCAUCAUCCUCGCGUUCCCAGUGUCUCUAAUCGUCGAAAACUUUGCUCAUGCUCAACAUCAAGCACUGGUCGAAAGCCAAAUGAAGCAUGGUCGGUUUUUGAAAUAAAUUUAAAUUUUUUAGACUAUAUUACAGUCACUUAUAACUUGUUUGUUAACCUGGCGUUUAAAUUUCAAAAAAAGCUGAAAAACGAGAGCUAGGACACAGCUUGAAAACUUUUUUAAAAUUUGCAAAAUAAGCUUUUAAAAUUAAAAAAAACAUUAAAAAAGCAUUGACUAGUAGAUUUAAAGCCUUAAUUCGAAUUUAAAAUUGUUUCAGCUCAAAUGUCAAACCUGGCCAACAACUAUGUUAUGAAGCGAGGCCAGUCCAGAAGAGUUCGGAAAGGAGAGUCGAUAAGAGACGCGAAUCGAAUAAAUCUACUUUCUGGAGUUAUUACUUCUGUUGCUUAA